AUGUUUGAUCAAACAACAUCUUCUAUGUAUCUAUCUUCAAAUGAAAAAAAUAUUCAAUCACAACAACAAAAAAGAUUUCAUUCUAAUAAUAAACGAUCAAUAAAAAAAUGUGCAUUUGAUAUUGAUUCACUUUUAAAACCAACAACAACUAUGAAUUCAAGUUAUAUUGAUGAUACUGAAGAUGGUUCAAGUGAUGAUGGUCAUAUAAAUUUAGAAUCUUCAUCUUCAUUUUGUAAUUCACCUAUAUCAUCAUAUGGACUUAUUAAUCAACUUAAAACAAAAGAAAAUUUAUCAUUAUUAUCAUCAUCAUUUGAAUCUGAACAUUCAAUAAUUGAAAAUUUAAAUUCGAAAAUCAAAUCAAAACGUAUUCGAACAAUAUUUACAACAGAACAACUCGAACGACUUGAAAUAGAAUUUCAAAAACAACAAUAUAUGGUUGGUCAUGAACGUUUAUAUUUAGCAAAAAUACUUAAUUUAAGUGAAGCACAAGUUAAAAUUUGGUUUCAAAAUCGUCGUAUUAAAUGGCGUCGUCAAGUACUUGAUAAUCAACAACAAUGA